GCUGCUGGCAGCAGCCUAGAAGACACGAUACCCCUGCCUGCAGCACUCUGCUGCUGCCUCCGGCUUCUGUUCGUCAUAUUGCAGCCAAACAGGCAGAGACUGCUCACAACUUUCCCUCGCCGUUCGUCUCGUCUCGUCUCAUUGCUCCCUCCGCGUCGCCUGCCUGGUAGCCAGGGUGUGGUGGGGUUGAAGAGGAUGACUCGUUGCCAACGGUCAAAAAGAAAUCCAUCUACUCGUACAGGUGCAUUGGACUCUUCUCCCCUUCUUCCUCCACUCACUCCAUCUUUUCAUCGUCUCUACUGACAUUUUCGAGUGAGAACUGCUGUUCUUCCACUACUUGUUGUUCCUUUGACGUACAUCUCUGCGGCCUUCCUUCGUUUCGGCACACGCACUCUCGGCGAGCAAAUCAAGACUGCACACGACUACGACGUCAGCCAAAACGAACCUGGGAUUGUGUCGGACCUCUUUUCGCGCAUACUCCGCAGCCAUACAACUAUACAGACUGGGCGUACAACGCUGCGCAUCAGCGGCUUGGUGCAGUAUUUCUACAAACAUAUUGGCACAACACUUGGGAGGUGAAACAUAGCUGCGGCAAUACCAAGCUGAGGCCGUUCAGUCCACCCAGUAAACCCUCCGAGGUCUGGGUGACCAAGUUGGCCGAGGGAAUCGAAAUGGCAUCCCUUCAGGACGAGUCGGACUGAAGAGUUAAGACCAAACCACACGAGACAAGUCAAUUUUGACUCACCGCGCCAGUUCCAUUCACGGAAUGUCAAAGGUUUUAAAGAACGUUACCUGCAGAAAGUGUCUGAGAAAACAGGAAACACUCAAAAACCAACAACCGAACAAUUGAAUAACUUUCGCCCCACGAAACAGUGCGGAACGAGCCUCCAGCCACGACCCGCGCCUAAGAGUUGGCUUAUCCUUGCGGCCAAGGGGAGAGAAACACGGGCUCUCCUCGCUUAUUAGUCGAUCAAGUACUUGGUGACCAGGUUUUGGAGGCCCUCCUUAAGUCACUCCACCCAGAACGAUCGGCCUCCUCUACACUCUACGAGUAGCACUCAGGACGACAUUCCUGACCAGACAUCACUACAAAUAGCAUUAACCUCCUCCCACUCAAAUACAACCAUCUUUCACCACCGCGUCCAUGCCAGAUAUUGAACGGCGCCGUCCUCGAGUAGCCACAGUUGAGGAUUGGGACGAAGAAGCUCAGACAACCCUCCCUGGCUCUCGAACUUCUGCCAAUGUUGCCAUUAAACGAUCCCAACAAGAGUUGAGUGCUCUGCAAGAGCAGAAAUCAUCUCACGAUGGUUUCGACUCAGGAUACGUUAGUCGAGCCGACACCUUGGUCAGCGAGUCUUCUACUCUCUCACGGCGCAAGAUGCCAGAACUGAAGCUCGACACGGCUGCCGUCCCAGAAAGGGCACGGCAACCUUAUCAUGUACCUUUCUCAGCACCUGGUAAACCUGUAUCACGUCGCAAGUCUGGAUCUCACAGCAAAGAGGUUCCUGUAGACCAGCUUCGGCCCGCCAAAGCCAAGUCAUUCGUGCACCAGCCCGGCGCCUGCUGGGUGUGUGACCAAUAUGGCAAGCAUAUUGAUAUAAAGCAAGAGAUGUCUCGGGCGUCAAGCGUGGCUCCUCCGCCACCUUCUUCAAAGACAACCAGGCAGACUGCGCCGCGAAGCGCAAAGGAUGACGACGCUCUACCUGUUAGAUCAAGACGCGUCUCUACGUCCAGGCAACCAAGGCCGCUGAGCAUGAUGCCCCAAGCAAUUCCCCUUCAGUACAUGAGCUAUGGUCCGCCUGUCGCUACAUCUGGCUGGGGCACACCAAUCACGCCCUCUAUCCCUUAUAAUUCCGUCCCAUAUGCAUACCCUCCGCCAUCGCCCAUGCCUGGCACCUCCUUUGCUCCCUUCCCGCAAAUGCCACCCUAUAUGGACGUUGCACCUCCUUCGGAACCCCAUUCAGCCAGAGCAAGUCGUCGCUCGAGUCCAGCCCGAAGAUCAUCUACGUACGGAGACCCAGUAAUCAGGCAGACCUACGCUGAUACUGGCACGACUAAUCUGGAGAAGGUCUCCUCAAAGGAGAACCGACCAGUACUGACUUCUCGGAGAUCAAGCCGAGUUAUGGACGAAGAUCGAAUCAGUAUGCCGCCACCGCCUCCACCGCCUCCGCAACCGAAGCCCCAACCGUCUGAGGUUGUUCUUGUGCGCCGGCCUAGCGCUCGGAGGUCUAAAACAUACCACCCUACAGAAGCUCCUCUGAGGGAGCGCUUUUACGAACCAGACGACGAUUUUGACGUUCCAGACUCUCGACCACCUCUUUCACCCAUGAGGUCACGGCGAGAGUCUCACUCCCCAUCUCGACCUCCGACUUCAUAUAGGGGCCCUUCGAAUAUCGAGGCCCGCGAUCGGCCUGGUCUUCCCAGAAAGUCCGUGUCGUACUCUACACCGACAGCCACCACAAAGGUUGCUUCCAGCAAGGCCGGUGCAACUCCUCGUCGAACUACAAUGCCAUCAUCCAUUAUACCCCUUGAGCAGAAAGAACUUGAGGCCGAACAAUACCAAAAUAGAAGGAGUAAGACCUCAAGUGAAUUGACUGCCGAGGCUCUUCGAGAUCUGAACAAACGAAACUCGAGCUCAAGAUCUGAGACUGGUAGUAGCUAUAGCCAUAAAAGCCACCAGUCUUCGUCAAAGGACUCCUCGGGCCGUGGUAGAAGCCACACAAGCGGGACGAGAACUAGCAUCACUCUUCCUGGAGGCCUCAACAUAGGCAUUCCAACUGAUUACAUGGACAAGGAGGGUCGGCCACUCAGCAUCAGCGUUGGCGGUCUUGUCCUGUCGGUGGGCACCGAGGGUAAGGAGGUGCCUAGGGUGAGAGAACAAAAAAGGAUUGAAAGGGCACCAAGUGAGGCUAGUCGCGCAUCUCGUAAGAGCAUGUCCAGCAACAUGUCUAGUCGGGAUCCAGUUCAUCCCUCGCGGCGACUUUCUCAUAUUGAAGACCGCGUCCCAAGCUUGAAAUCAAGCGCACAGCCCAGUCGGGCUCCAAGCGUCAAUGGCCGUGGCUAUGAUUACCGACGGCAGAGUGUUGACUAUGGCAAGAACAUUGACGAUGCCGUUUAUGGAGCAUGACCUUGAGAGGUGCAAAUGCAGUGCUCGCAUCUCAAAAUCCUUUACAUUGCUGUAGUCUCAUUAUGGGCGGUUAUCUCUUUGUCUUGCUUUUUUUGCUUUUCUGACUUGUCGUUUUCCUAUAACGAGGGCCUCAUCUCCUUUCGAGUUGGGGGACAACGCAUGCGAUGACCUAUGAAUAUGAUAGUCUCCUAUGUUCUUACUGUGUGUACUGUUCUACUGGAUGAUGGCCUUUUUUUUCAACACGGCCCAAUCGUCUACACAUUUCGGGCAUGGAAUGAUUUGUUUUGCGGAAUUCUUCUUCAAUUUCUUCCCUAAAAGCAGAUGCGCCUACAAAAGCUCACGACACCAAAAAGAGUCAAGGGUGGACAUCGAGAGUACCCAAAAGUUGGGGCCGGCAGAACUGCUUGAAAGUUUUCUUAUUGAACAUUUUGUUGAAGAUGUUUAUGACAUUCUGGUUGCCUCCGAGGAAGUUAAGAUGCCUCGUCAUGUUGUUGUUUUGAAGCUUCAGCAAACAAGCAAGCGAGCAAGCGAAGGAAACGAACAAGCCUUGAAAUUGUCUUGGGAAAAUAAGAAUUUCCUCCGUACUUGAUCUCGACGAGACCACUCCUUUUUUUUUGUGUAUGUACCUUGCACUGAUUUUGUUUCUUUUUGUUGGUUUUGAGAUUACCUUAUACUCUUAUCGUAUCCCGUUUUUCUUUGGAAAGUGACCAGAGAUUGAGAUGAUGAUGAUGAUGAUGGUCGAUGAUACCUUUCUUGAGAGGAUUGGGGGAAUCGUCGAGAUUUGAGACUCGACCGACCAUGCUGGUUUCAUGGUUUGAGUUGGG